CAUCAAAUUCUAUAUAAGCAGCUGAUAAGCGCAGACCAGAUCAAUUCCAUAUAGCUCAUUGACAACUUCGGAAAUCAUUCAAGAUGAAACGUUUGCGCAACAGCAUGUGGAUUGUGCCGCUGCUGCUGGUCGUCGGAGCGAGCUUUGGCGUUUUGGCUGCCGGCUACACUGGUGGGGUGAGCAGCCAUCUUGGAGGUGCGCGACCCGUGCGCUCUUUGGAGACGCUGAAGGAAUGGCAGCAGUUGGAGUACGGCUUUGCCUCGGACCGGGAUCGGCAGAAGGCGCAGUCGGAUGGCAAUUUGAUGCCUGGCUAUGGCACGCCCAUUGAUGUGCAGCCCCAUUAUCUGCCCAAUGGACAGGUGCGCAUCUUCACCACAGUGCCACGCUUCGUCACCGGCAUACCCUAUACCCUGGCCACAGUCUCCGAGCGGUCGGGCCGCAAUGGACCCCAGUUGCAGCCGUAUCCGGGCUACAAUUGGCAUAACAACAAUGGCGACAACUGUGACCAGAUUACGUCAGCAUUCCGUGUGUCUAUCAACGAGUGCAAUCAGAUGUGGGUCAUUGAUUCGGGCAAUGUGGGUGGUGUGCAACACUGUCCGCCACAGUUGCUGAAGUUUGACCUGAGCACCGAUAGUCUGCUGCAUCGCUUCCGUUUGCCCAACGAUACCUAUGUGGCUCACGCUUCGAUACUCAUCGCAACCAAUCUGCUGACGCAGGACCCGCCGCCGCGUGGCAACUGUGCCCGCACCAUGAUCUAUAUACCGGACGUGAACUACCACGGACUCAUCGUCUACGAUCAUCAGGCCGAUGCCGCCUGGCGCAUUCAGAAUCGCUUCAUGUACCCGGAUCCCGACUAUGGCCGCCACACCAUUGCCGGCGAGAGCUUCACUCUGAUGGACGGCAUCUUUACCGUGAACAAUGACAGGCAGAAUCUCUACUUCCAUGCACUGGCCAGCAUCAGCGAGUACUCUGUGCCGCUCAGCUUGAUCAACCGGCGACAGAACUGGGCAGAGGAUUCGGGUGCCAUGGAGGAUCAAUUCAAGCUGCUGGGCAGGCGUAAGAGCGAGUGUGCCGCCUCUGCUAUGGACAGUCGCAACAAUCUCUACUGUGUCACCCUCAAUCCGAUCAAGCUAUUCGCCUGGAACACGAACACGCCCUACACCACACGCUACUUUGGCAAUCUGCCAGCCAAAUCCAGCGAGCUGCAGUUCGUUAGCGGCAUGAAAGUCGUGCGCAAUCCUGGCGGUCAGGAGGAGCUCUGGAUGCUCUCCAAUCGUUUUCAGAAAAUUUCGGCGGGCACAUUGAACUCGAACGAGGUUAACUUCCGCAUCAUGCGUCGGCAGCUCGACGAUAUUCACAGCGGCAUGUAUUUCGCCAGCGACGAUGACCUGACCAAUCGUCUGAUCUUUACUUAAGCUCCACAGUAAACAGUUAUAGCUA